CAGCACAAACGCACAUUGCUCGACGAGUUUUUAAAUCUUAAGGAAUACUUUUCAAUAAAAUGUCGUCUAAUAACGAGGAGGGAGCCGUUGGUGGCGAUCUCAACAACAAUGUCACAGCUCCAGCCCCUGCAAAUGGCCAGGAGGAGGUGCAUCCGCCGGAGCAGCCCCAAAAUGAGCUGCUUGAUAUGGUUUUCACGCUGGAGAGUGAAAAACAGGCGCUGUUAGAGGAGUCUCGCAAGCGAAUCGGAGCACUCCGCAAAGACUUUGAGGAAGCCAAGAUCGAGAAUGAGCAACUGAAGAGGAGAGUGGUGCAGCUGGAGCAGUCUCUCAAGCAGUCCGUCAUGCUGGGCGGCACCGACGCCCCCAAGUCCCGGCAAGAGCAGGAGGAGCUGCUCGUGAGGGCCAAAACACUGCUGUUCGAAAAGACCAAGGUGAACAAACAGCAGGAGCAGCAGAUAGCCGUGCUCAAGAACCAGGUGGAAUCGGUUAAAGACGUACUCCAGGUGACCAAAGAUAUGCUGCAGCUGAAGACCACCGAGUGCGAUCACACGCAGGCGCGUCUGGAGAAGAGCCAGCAGUGGAUCAAGGCGGAGCAAGACAAAUGUGCGCUAACAGAAAAGAAGCUGGUAAUCUCCAAAUCUGUGUACGACAAGCUGCGGGCCGAGUACGACACUCAAUCCAAGAUUUUCAAGGAACUGAAGUCCGCCUACGAGCAGAAGCUAAAGGUUCUCGGCGCGGCAUUGGAUCAGGCCAAAAAAUAGCUGAACAAUUUAAUAAACUACGUUAAUUAAAUGCACACAUAUCGUGUAUAAGUUUAAUAAUUUA